CGACUGCCCAGAGCAGCCAGAGGGCCCGAGAGGAGGGGCAGCCUGCAGGGGAGGCACCAAGGGCCCAGGGAAGGUAGCUGCCAUGCCGGUGCUCAAGAACCCCCAUCAGCUCAAGGCGGCCGGCAGGGGCCCUAGGGAGAGUGGCGAGGGUGGCAGCCCCAGCGGGACGCUGAUCCUGGCCAGGGAAAGUCCAGGCACCAACCCUUUCGAGGAGGACCUGGAGGAGAGCGAGAAGGACUCCUUCCUCGGGGGCAUCUCCCCCCGCCGAGAGAGGUCCCUCCCAAGCGACACGGCAGACCUCGAGCGGGGCCUCUUCAGUGGCAGCCCCGAGGACCACUUCAGGCGCCGGGCCACCCUGGAGAAGCUGGUGGGGCUGAGCCCCUUCCGCCUGGGCAAGGGCCGCAAGGGCGGGGAGAAGCGGUCGCCCGGGGGAGAGCAGGCCUCCGACCGGCGGUCCUUCCUGGAGCGCAUCAUGCUGCCCCUGAUGGAGGGCGGCCUGGGCCAGCGGGUGCCCGAGAAGAAGAAGCCGCGCCGCUGCUCGGAGGACUUCAGCCUGCUGCAGCGGUUCAAUGGGCGCCGCAAGGAAGGCCUCUACAGCUCGGACUGCGGCCUGGCGGAGGAGAACGGCUGCGGGGAGGCUGCCAAGCGCGGCUCCUUCCUGAAGAUCGGGCUGGGCGGGAAGGUGCGCCGGGCGUCCCUGGUGGAGAAGCUCAACCAGACGGAGGGCUCCGAGGCGGCCCCGGCGGCCGAGAAGAGGGACCCCAAGCCCAAGGAGCCGCUCUCGGUCCUGGAGAUCUUCCACCUCAUCCAUCAGCGGGACCUCGGCCUGGCCGACCGGCACAUCGUGGAGCUGGAGGCCGAGUGCGCCCAGGGGGGCGGCGGGAAGGACGGCAGCCGGAAGGCCAAGGACGUGGCGCUGCUCUACCAGGCGCUGCAGAAGGAGCUCUGGGCGGUGCUGGCCGAGGCGCUGGCCGCCAAGAGCGCCUACCCGCCUCUGGAGCAGCUGGUGCAGGUCAUCGAGCAGGAGGAAGAGGCCGACCGCAGGUGGCGCCAGGUCCAGGCAGAUGCCGUGGGGGCCCCAGGGGCCCGGCCCCGGAAGAUGAGGCAGCAGUGGGCCGAGGCGGUGGACCGGCUGGUGGGCCAGAGGCUGGGCCAGUGCAUGGAGGGCCGGGCGGGCACCCUGGCCACCCAGAUGGACCGGCUGGCCAAGUGCACGGUGGAGGACCUGAGCAGCGUCAGGGGCCACCUGCUGCAGGCCUACCCCAAGGAGUACCAGGCCUUUGGUGUCUACCUGGGCAGCUACCACCGGGGCCUGGCCCGCUGCCUGGCCGAAGGGCUCCGGAAGCAGCUGAGCCUCUCCGAGCUCUACUUUGUCUUGGACUGGAACAGCAACAUCUACCAAAGGGAGGUCCUCCGCCGGCUGGAAAUGUCCCCCCAGGUCAAGGGACAGGAGCUCGGCCCCCUCCUGUCCCCGGAAACGCAGCGGAGCCUGGAGGAGCAGUGCAUCGAUGGCGUGAAGGUGACGAUCACCAGGGAGAUGAGCCAAGCGCUGCAGGAGGAGGAAGCGCGGUGGGCGCAGGAAGACAAGGAGAACAGCUUUCCGUUCGGCCUGUCCAGCAAGGUCAUCCUGGUGCUGAAGGGGCAUGUCGACAAAGCCCUGCAAAUCACAGAGGAUUUUGGAAGGAGGGUGGCCCACUGUUGCCUCGCCAGCCUGGUGGAGUUGUUGCAGAGUUUCCAGAAGAAAGUCGAAAAGUUCCACGAGGGCCAAGCGGUCAGCAGCCUCAGCCCCGAGAGCUACAUGGGCCGGACCAUCAUGCUGGUCAACUGCUGCCCGCCCUUCAGGGACUACCUGGAGAGCCUGGCCAGCUUUGGCCACCCGGACAGCGAGACCGCAAAGCAGCUGGCAGUUUUGUCCCUUGACCGGGUGACCCGGCUGGGCAACCGAGUGCUGGCUGACCAGCUCUUCCAAAGCCUCAAGCCCUACUUCUACAAGCUGAUGAAGCGGAAGUGGCUCAGCAACCACGAGGCCUUUUCCACCAUCAUGGCCCUCCUGGCGGAGCACGUGCAGAAGCUGAGCAGGAUGAAGUUGGGGCCCUACCAGAUGCUGGUGAGGGAGGUGCACCGGCGGGUGCUGAUCGAGUACGUCCGGCCCCUGAUGCGAGUGCGGAUCAUCUGCACUUCGGCCAAGAUGAGGGCCAAGGUGGCCAGCAGGCUCCGGGGCGAGGCCAGGCAGCUCCAGGAGUUCUUCGUUCAGCUGGAAUCCUCCUCCUCCUGGCUGGACUCCGUGGUGCCCCACCUGGCGGGAAUCCUGGAGCUGGAAGACACGCCGGCCAUCCAGAUGGAAGUGGCUUUCCUGGCCAGGGCCUUUCCUGACGUGCAAAAGAAGCACCUGGCGGCCCUCCUGGAUGUUCGAGGCCUGCAGAGCCAAGCCCAGCGGCAGCUCAUCCUGGCGGCCCUGGACAGCCUGGAGCUGGACGUCUGCCAGGACCGGGCCUUCUUCUCCGAGAUCGCCACCCGCGAGGUCUUCUGUGUCCGCGUCCAGCUGCACCGACUCUCGCACUUGGGGCUGGCCUGCAUCUCCCGGAUGCGCCGGAGGCCCCCCCGCCUGCAGCGACAGAGGGGAAGGGGGCUGAGGGAGAAGGGGGCAGGGGCUGAGCAGUGAGGACCCCUGCUUGACCCCAACCGGGCAUCCUCGGCCUUGACCCUUUGGCCCUUUCCCAAGAAGCCCUGCCUUACGGAGGAGCAGCGCGGCUGCCUGCUGGACACGAGGGCUCAGCUCUUGGGCUGCAGCCUCCUGCAAGUGGCCGACAGCCCCCUUUGACCGCCUGGAGUGGCCGUGGCGAAAGAGCACCGCUCCACGUGGGCUGGAUUUGGGGGCGAUUGCUGGGGGGGAUAGAAAGGGGGCUGGAGGACAAAUCCAACCACUCCUAGACCCCCCGAAGGGACUCCCACCCUUAUAGCCAGUGGGUGGCUCUGAACGGCUGGUGCUCCUCUCGGCCCAGUUCGAGCCCAGGGCUCUUUCUGGGUUCAAGGAGGACUUCUCCAUGAGCCUGGGAGGGCGAGGGAAGGAGGAAAAUGCAGAGAGAGACCCAGCAAAGGCAACCCUGGUCCAGUCUGGGGCUGGAGCACCGGCUGGCGGGAGGGAGCUGGGAUGCCCAGAAGAAAGGAGCGCAUGGCCGCCUCCUAAGGCGCUCUGAGGCUCUGAGCGCCUAGCACAGCCGUCUGCCGACUUGGCAGCCUU